AUGUCUUCAGGUACAAGCGACUUGAACAUUGAGAAUACCAACAUCAAGACUGCCAGCGGCGUCAGUCUCGAUGAGCACAAGAAGACGCUUGUUGGAAGUGUGCUAGACGUAAGUGUCGAUUACUGUACAUCAGAUGUCCCACGGAAGCCUGACGAUACCCAGCUGUUCGCAGGUCGGCCAUCGCUGAAGAAGCUUCAAUUAUGGGAUGAUAACGGUGUCUUCCAAGACCCUAUCACCAUAGCUGAAGGUCGCAAGCAAUACGAAGCUCAAUGGUAUGGCCUCCAGGCUGCCUUUUCGGAAAUCGAGCGCCUCCACCACGAAGUCACCUCCGGCGGCAACCCCAUCACUAUGGAUUUACGUACCCGCUACGUCGUAAAGGGCAUCGGCAAAGAGCAGACCAUUGACAGCAAGAUCAACAUCUUUCACGACAAGGAUACAGGCAAGAUCACAAAGGUCGAGGACAAGUGGGAUGGCAAGCUCCCUGAUAGCUCCCUCAUGAAUGCUUUCCGCAAGAUCAACGCUGUGACCGUGCCGAAGGUGGUUGGAGUGCCAAAGUCGGAUGAAGAGGACGCGAAAUUGGGCAACCAGUGA